CUACCAUCAGGUAGUGCAGGAUGCCAGCCCUUGAGAACCGACUUUGGGCACCCCUGUUCUAGCAGCAUAAACAUGGAGUUCAUAACAGCAGCAAGCUCACUUCUAGAGUGGUAUAGUCAAAGUUCAGAUUAUUCUCUAAUUUGAAUACUGACUUUUUUUUUCAUGCAUAGAAACAUAAUGUGGCUGAAAUUAUUCUACAGUAAUGUUUUUGACAACCAUCACAAAUACCUCCUGGUGGUUUCUGCAAAGGAUGAGACAACUUGCAGUUGGUAUAUUUUCCGCACUGUGUCAAAUUUGGUUGAAUAGUGGUCUGAUUUUGAAACUGUCAAUUGAAAAUUGCUCUAUUCAGGUUAUCUCAAGUAUGAGAAGCAAAAAGACAUGUAAAGGAGUACAUUUUCCCAGCUUUGUGCACAUACACCUUGGUGUGAUUAGUUUUUAGAGGGUUUAUAGGUCUUGAAAGUAUUUUUCAGCUCUUGAGAAAAAAUUGACAAAUAUGGAAGCAUGGAGAUUUUUAAUUUCUAAACUGAAUCCCUUGUCAGAUUUUUAUUCCUGAGUUUAUUAAGCCAAACUGGCUGUGUUUAUAAAAGCUGCAGUUGAUUACAACAAUGUCAACUUUUUCCUGAUACCAUGUGCAUGUACUGAUUGGAAAACUGUCAGCCAAACGCAGCAUUAUUUGAAACGUGCAGAUAAUUCAAGCCAACCAAGUUACUGAUUUGUUCUCAAAAUGUCAAGAACGUUGCAAAAACUGGUAAAUGUAGAAACAAUUGUACAAAGUAUAAGAAUUUGUUGGAAAACUGGAUGGAAAGAAUCCAAAAACUCAGUACUGAAAAGGCUCACUUCAGGGAACACAAUAUUUCCUGCUCUAGUGUUUCUGGCAUAAAAGUGGAAUGGACAGCAGCAUAAAACAGAAUUAUUUCAAGUGGUAUCUAUAAUUGUCCAUUUAUCUAUGUAUUACUGAAAUAACCUAUUUGAUAAUAUUUGGUAUUUUAAUUGGUACAUACUGGUGUUGUAUUAAUAAGUGUCUGAAUGGCCCUUUAAAUAACUCCUCCUCCCACAUUUAAUAUCCGCGCCCCCACCCACCAGCGACUUGCUUCACAUCAACAAUGAGUGUCUUGGCUGGUUUCAGUGCAAAAACAGCCAGUGUUUUGUUAAAUCUGACAAUUUAAUCCGUUAUCAUUUAAACAGACGAGCUUCCUACUGACCACCCGCCGCGGUGCAAGAAAAGAGAGUGGGAGUCACGCAGCUAGACAGGAAGCAUAAAGGUGAGCAGUGGGUGUCUUUGCGAUGGCCGGUGGAAGGAGAGGGACGAAUCGGACCACCUACUGCAGACCUCCGUUAAGCAGUGAUCCAGGCUCCGUCAGCAAUGGCAACCACACCACCAGCUCUCCAGUCACGGGGGUGCGAAACCGUGCAAGAAACGGUUCUGGGACCUGCAUGUCCAGCCCCCCGCUCGCCGCUCAGACUGUAGUUCCCCUCAAACACUGCAAGAUCCCCGAGCUGUCCAUGGAUCGAAACGUGUUGUUUGAGCUUCACCUCUUCUUCUGCCAUCUGAUCGCCCUGUUUGUCCACUAUGUCAACAUCUACAAGACUGUGUGGUGGUAUCCGCCGUCACACCCUCCCUCACACACAUCUCUGAAUUUUCAUCUUAUUGAUUAUAACAUGCUGGUGUUCACAAUCAUCAUACUGGCAAGAAGGCUGAUUGCAGCAAUUGUAAAAGAGGCAUCACAGAGUGGGAAACUCUCCUUCCCCCACUCAAUAUUUUUAGUGAUGGCCCGGUUUGCAGUACUAACAUUGACAGGCUGGAGUCUUUGUCGGUCCCUCAUUUAUCUGUGCAGAACCUACUCUGUCCUCAGCCUACUUUUCCUUUGCUACCCAUUUGGAAUGUAUAUCCCGUUCUUCCGGCUGAGCUGUGAUUUCCGGCGAGCGGGUUCUCUCUCGCCGAUCGCGAGCAUCGGCUCCAAAGAGGUCGGCAGCGUGAGCCGCGGCAGGGACUACUUCACCGUGCUGAAGGAGACGUGGAAGCAGCACACCAGCCAGCUGUACGGAGUCCAGGCCAUGCCCACUCACGCCUGCUGUCUGUCACCUGACCUCAUUCGAAAAGAGGUGGAGUUUCUGAAGAUGGACUUCAACUGGAGGAUGAAGGAAGUGCUGGUCAGCUCCAUGCUCAGCGCGUACUAUGUGGCGUUUGUACCCGUUUGGUUUGUAAAGAGCACUCAGUAUGUAGACAAGCGGUGGUCCUGUGAGCUCUUCAUACUGGUAUCGGUCAGCACGUCAGUCAUCCUCAUGAGACACUUGUUGCCGCCUCGAUAUUGUGACCUCCUUCACAAAGCUGCCGCCCACCUGGGCUGCUGGCAGAAAGUUGACCCCUCUCUCUGCUCCAAUGUCCUUCAGCACAUAUGGACUGAAGAGUACAUGUGGCCACAGGGAGUCCUAGUAAAACAUAAUAAGAAUGUCUAUAAAGCCAUGGGUCACUAUAACGUUGCAGUUCCCUCGGAUGUUUCCCACUAUCGCUUCUAUUUUUUCUUCAACAAGCCUUUACGAAUAUUAAACAUACUCAUCAUCCUUGAAGGUGCCAUGAUUUUUUACCAGCUCUACUCGCUCAUUUGCUCGGAAAAGUGGCAUCAGACGAUAUCGCUGGCCCUGAUUCUCUUCAGCAACUACUACGCCUUCUUCAAGCUCCUCAGAGACAGAAUAGUCCUAGGAAAGGCAUACUCGUUCUCAAACAGCUCAUCGGACCAAAAAGUCAGCUAAAACUCCAGUUGUCGUUGGUCACAAGAUAAACAUGCCUAAGAGUUCUGUAUUUUUUCUACAAGCCAGAUUUGUGUCAGUUUUGUUCUGAAUUGCCAUAAGAAAAAUAAAUAUUUUUGUAUUACUUUAAAAA